CUCUCUGUGCUGUCUGUGUGUCCUGAGUGGUGUUUGCUUUGCUUUUGUUCUCUCUCUGGAGUGAAACUCUUGAGGUUAAGGACUGAAUUUUAAGUGAUGGGUUGGUUUCCUUGCGGUGGAAAAUCAAAUAAAAAUGCAAAGAAGAAGCUAAAUAAAAAGCCUGACGAUCAGAUCCCGUCAACUUCAGAUAAACUGAAGGUAAAUUCAACAUUGGAUGUAAAGAAGGAAGGCUCUAACUCUAAGGAUGGAGGAUCUGAUCAUAUUGCGGCACAUACAUUUACAUUUCGUGAGUUGGCAGCUGCAACAAAGAAUUUUAGGGCAGAUUGCCUAUUGGGUGAAGGAGGUUUUGGCCGAGUAUAUAAAGGCCGAUUGGAGAGUACCAAUCAGGUUGUAGCUAUCAAGCAGCUGGAUCGUAAUGGGCUACAAGGAAAUAGGGAAUUCCUCGUCGAAGUUUUGAUGUUGAGCUUGCUUCACCAUCCUAAUCUCGUGAACUUAAUUGGUUAUUGUGCUGAUGGUGAUCAGAGACUUUUGGUCUAUGAAUACAUGCCAUUGGGAUCAUUGGAAGACCAUCUACACGAUCUGCCGCCAGAUAAGAAACAAUUGGACUGGAAUACAAGAAUGAAAAUAGCUGCAGGUGCUGCAAAUGGCUUGGAGUAUUUGCACGACAAAGCUAGCCCCCCUGUCAUAUACCGUGAUUUGAAAUGCUCAAACAUUUUACUUGGUGAUGGCUAUCAUCCGAAGCUAUCUGAUUUUGGCUUAGCUAAAUUGGGCCCUGUUGGUGAUAAGACCCAUGUUUCCACCAGAGUGAUGGGAACCUAUGGAUAUUGUGCCCCUGAAUAUGCCAUGACUGGUCAGCUUACCCUGAAAUCAGAUGUUUAUAGUUUCGGAGUUGUUCUUCUUGAGAUCAUAACUGGCAGAAAAGCCAUCGACAAUUCAAGAGCUGCUGGGGAACACAAUCUGGUUGCAUGGGCGCGGCCCUUGUUCAAAGAUAGAAGGAAAUUCUCACAGAUGGCUGACCCAAUGCUCCAAGGCCAAUAUCCAGUGAGAGGUUUAUAUCAAGCUCUUGCUGUUGCUGCAAUGUGUGUUCAGGAACAGCCUAAUAUGCGACCCCUCAUUGCUGAUGUAGUCACUGCCCUUUCCUAUCUUGCUUGUCAAAAGUAUGAUCCCGAAACGCAGCCACCAGUCCAGACCUCCCGCCCAAGCUCUUCCACCCCCAGAACCAGAAGGGAACAGUGAAAUAGUUGGAUAGCCGAGAGCAUCAAACAGAUUUCAGUCCUCAGAAGUCCAUGAUAGUAAUUGCUGUCAAUCUGUUACCUGUGACACUACUCCAGGAUGUCUCCACAGACCGCGUUUAUACUUGCGGAGGUUGUUGCAUUGAAGUUCAGCAGUAUACAGUUUGCGGCUGUAGCUGUUACGGUGCCUGCUUAUCAAAUUUUGCGUUACUCCGGAUAGCAGGUGCAAUGGCCAGGUCUAAUGUCUGGUAUAACCGAAGAUUCUUUUUUAUCUCUUUCAAUUCUGGUUUAAUUUUUAGCCCUUUCUCUGCCAUUCCUCCUCUACAUUUGUUUCUUCUUUUCUUUUGUAUGUACAUUUGAGAUUGGGGCUUUGUAUCUAAAUAUCUUCUAUAAAGAAACUGGUCUCCCCAUAAAGAGAAUACAUUUAUAUAUGUUUGUAGGUAUAAUCUUUUAAUA